AGUUCACUCUUACACACACACACAGGUACGAGACACAGAGGCAGAGAGAAUGGAUUUUAAGAGCUACUUUGUCCUCGGCUUCUAGAAGGCGUCGGAUGGACGUUGCUUAGCAACGGAUGUAGUCUUUGGUACGUAUGGUUGCUCGGAGACCACGCCGCGUCUCCUCGACUCUAGCCUCACUUUGUCCCUAUCCUGAACCGAGUGAUCAUGGCCAAGUUCGUCAUUGCGGGUAAGGCAGACUGUCCCUAUUUUGCUAAGGCAGAAUUGCUGGCAGAUUAUCUUCAGAGAAAUCUACCUGAUUUCCAAGUACACAAAAUUAUUCAACACCCUGAUGUUUGGAAGCGAUGGCUACGCGAUCUAUGUAAGAAAAAUCAAUGGAAUCACAAACGUUCUCCUAUAGUUUGGAGAGAAUUGUUGGACCGUGGGGGAAAGGGACUUCUUCUGGGAGGAUUUAAUGAGUUCUUGGAGCAUAUCCAGCUUUACUAUGGCAUCACCUCAAAGAUGAUGACCAACGAGAUGCUGAUUAUUGCUAGCGAGAACUUGGAGACACAUAUAGAAAUUGAACAGGAGAAAGAAGAGAUUAAAAGUGUGAUCAAUCCCAUAAAUGUCUGGAUCACCGGUGCAUCUUGUCCUACAUCAUACAAUCUGAUUCCAAUACUGGUAAAUGGAGAAGUGUUUGGAGAGGACAAAGAAAUUAGCAUCCAUAUCUUAAACAACAACUUUAAUGAAGACAGUCUCCAUGGCAUUGUGAUGGAAGCCCAAGACUUGGCAGCCCCUCUCUUGCGGAAUAUCUCCAUGUGUACAGCAAUAGAAGAGGCCUUUGUUGGGGCUGAGGUUAUCAUCAUCCUUAAUGAUGAUAUUGAAAAUGAGUUUGAAUCUCUAGAAAACAGAAUCAGAGCUAGACUUCCUCUGUGUGAGUUAUUUGGAUCCCUAAUUGAGAAAAAUGCUCAUCAAUCUGUGAAAGUUAUUGUGGCAGGAAAGACCUUUCUAAAUCUCACCACCAAUUUGAUCAUUAGAUAUACACCAUCUCUUAACCCACGGAAUGUCAUUGCUGUGGCCAUGGUGUUGGAAAAUGAAGCAAAAGCCAUGUUGGCCAGAAAAAUGAAAACUACAGCAUCUGACAUCAAAGAUGUGAUAAUUUGGGGUAAUAUUACCGGUUCUCACCACAUUGACCUGAGGAAAGCAAAAGUUUUCAGAUAUGACAGUGCUAUUUGGGGACCUCCAAGCUUUUCACGUUACCUGUUAAACUUGAUAUUUGACAGUGAGUGGAUUAGGAAAGAAUUUGAGGCCUCCGUCAAUUCGUGGAGUUUGACGAGGUAUUUCCAGAGGGGUGUUUCAUCGGCACACUGCAUAGCUACUGUACUGAAGUUCUGGUACCACAAUUCCCCUCCAGGAGAGAUUUUGUCUAUGGGAAUAAUAAGUGAAGGUGAAUUUGACACACCUGCAGGAAUGGUAUUUUCCAUGCCAGUACAAUGCAAGAAUGGAGUAUGGUUUCCUCGUACGGAUUUGACUGAGACUGAAUUAACUGAAGAAAUUAAGGGUGCAAUAAUCCAUGAUCUCCAACAGGAAAAACUAAUUGCGCUCGGAGAAGUAUCAACAUAUCAGCCAUACCUUCCAGUAGCUGGAAUCACACCACGUGAAAACAGAGUCAGAAUCCAAAUUGAGGAAAACCUGGAAGAAGAGCAAAAGGAUCAAACUGAAUUUUUCAGCAUAGGUUCUCUAGACUUCUCAGAAGGUAGGAGUAGCCAAGAACCCUUAGAAGGAAAUGAUUUUGAAUUCUAUGAAAACUAAAAGAAAAAUGCAGGCGAAGAAUUACCUUGUUUGGAAACGAUAUGAUGUGGCAGGGGUUACACAUGUCUACAUUUGGGAAAAAUACUGGGAUGAGAGAUUUAGAUGAGUUUUAGUAUAUUUCAAUUGGUAACUACAAGAGUGACAACAUUAAUGAAUUGUCAAAAGGAAUUUAUUCCCAUCUGUACUGACCUUUGCUUUUGUUAUUACAUUUGUAAAUAGGAGUUUAAUAUUUAUUUUCAAAUGAAUUACAUGUAUAUUUUGAAAGAAAGA